AUGGAGGUGCAAAGCAAAGCAAUGGCUGAAGAACAUCUUGCAGGGAUUGAUUUUUUGCCAGAGGUGUCACCAUUGCUAGGUGGCUCUGAAAGCUCAAAUGAAGAAACAGCUAAGCAGUCUACUCUUAUAUCUGGUCUGUCACUGUAUCGUCAGCAGAAUCGAUUGCAAACAGUUGUGCAAAGAAUUCGUGCUAGAAAAAAGGCUCGACUGGCUCUUGUGGAGCAGUUUGAUUCUCUAAUGAAGUUGGAAUGGCCAGUUCUCGCCUGUAAAAGUGUGCCAUGGACCUCACAUAACCCUCGUUGCAGUUUGCAUGGCUGGUCAUCUCUUGGUUCAGCAUGCAAUGAAGCAUCUUCAGUUCCUGCUGUGGAUGCAGAAAAGGUCCAGGGUCCUGAUGUUUCAAUGGAGGUAAGAUCUGAUACUUCAAAGGAAGAGGUUGAAAACACAAGAGAGGAUGGGGAACUUCCGUCCUUAACUUUGGCUACUGCUGGAGUAAAUGAUGCUACUCCCGCACCAACUAGAGGAACUAAUUCUGAUCAUUCCAGAAAGCUUGGUUUCAUUUCAAAGUGUGUCAUAUCUCCCCUUAACAAGGGAAAGUCUCCAAGUUUUAAGAAACAUGAGGAGGAUGUGGACCUUAUAAUGGAAUCUGAUAGCCAACCAGCUCAAGUUGAACAGGACACUGAUAACAUGCCUGGAAGUACAGUGCCUUAUGUAGAUGACAAGUCAUGGGCUGAUUGCAGGGUUGAGGACUAUAUUCUUGUCUUAACUAGAAAGACUCAUGAUGGUGAAAAGACCAUGAGAUUAGAAGCCCAGGCAAAUUUGCCUUUUUUUCCGUGCAUUUGUUGGAAUGCUCAACCAAGUCAGUGUAUUUGUCAAAUUUUUGUCGACACCAGCUGCACCUAUUAUUCUUGUCCUUGUCCUUGCCCUGGCCCUGUUUGGGCUGAGUAUUGGUGGGUUUUGAUUCCUUCCUUGGGGCACUUUUCGGCUGAUGUACUUUCUUGCUCCAUUUGUUUCCUCCCAUCUGCAUCGGAAUUCAAACUAGAUGAUCCAGAACAGGUUGACUGCCUUAGCUGGAAUAAUGAAUCCUCAGGUGCAUUCUCAGUCAGUUCAGCCUACGGCCUGGCCACGAAUCAACAGGGAUCCAUUGAAGCAGCCAAAUGGAAUGCAAUGCAAUUUGGAAACUUAAGACGCCUAGCCGCAUUAUAACUUUUCUUUGGUUAGUCCGCCAUGAGAAAAUAAUGACCAACCGCCAAAGAGUCAAGAGAGGUCUAGCUGAAUGUGAUAAGUGUUGGCUGUGUAGAGAUAAGGUUGAAGAUGCCAACCAUGUCUUACGGAAGUGCCCAGCGGCAAUGGAAGUCUGGGCUAGAGUGCUCCCUAAUUUCCAAACAAGGACUAGUGCUGAAUCUUUGUGAUUGGCUGGAUAAAGGGAUAUCUCUUAGAGCUAAUGGUUGAAGACUGGAAAGUGAUAGUUCGCCAUCACAGCUUGGUGGGUAUGGAAGUGGAGAAACAAUGCCAUUUUCAACAACACCCUAUAUCCCCUCACCUCAAAGAUAUCAUGGAUCUUUUCCCAAGUUCAGGGUUAAUGCACCCUUCGCCAAAGCUAGAUGCCCCCAGCUGCCGAUUAUCUAGCAGGAAUAGCUAAGAACUACCCGAAAGGCUGGCAGCUGUUCAAUCAGCCCCCAGACGACCUCUUAAGACAUUUUGGACAGAGAUAACAUGGUUGGCCUUUUUGGCGUUAUAUAUAGAACUAACUAGUCAAAAAUUUCCCCUUCCAACUUAAAUAAAAAAAACUUAAUUUUUUUUAAA